UUGCAAUUUGAAAGACCUUGCUUGUAUAAGUAAACCAAACUCACUCAUCAUCUUCUCCAUAAUUCUCAAAACCCCUUAAUUUGUUGUUUUUCCUCCAUGAUUAGAAUUGUUGAUGCCCAUAAGGAACUGUAACCUCUCCAUUUAUUAUUAUUAUUAUUACAUUGUUAUCUUCUCUCCAGCUUUCAUCCAUAUCUUUUUAUUUCAUUCCGCUAUAUAAAGAAGUCCCAAGGGUCUCCAUUCCCACCAUCUGGUUUUGAAUUCUAGUAAUUGUUCAAAAUGAAGUUCUUUUGGGUUCCUCUCUUACUUGCUGCUUUGGUUCUUGGGGUGGCUGAGGCUUUUGAUUUUCAUGAGAAGGAUUUGGGGUCCGAGGAAAGUUUGUGGGAUUUGUAUGAGAGGUGGAGGAGCCACCACACGGUCUCCUCGAACCUUGAUGAGAAGCACAAGCGCUUCAAUGUAUUCAGGGAGAAUGUUAUGCAUGUUCAUAAUACCAACAAGAUGGACAAGCCUUAUAAGCUGAAGUUGAACAAGUUUGCAGACAUGACUAACCAUGAGUUUAGGAGCACUUAUGCAGGGUCCAAGGUUAAGCACCACAGGAUGUUCCGAGGAAGGCAACUUGGAAGUCGGAGCUUCAUGUACGAGAAUGAGGACACAGUUCCCCCCUCUGUUGAUUGGAGGAAGAAAGGUGCCGUGACCGCUGUCAAGGACCAAGGCCAUUGUGGUAGUUGCUGGGCCUUUUCAACCGUUGUAGCAGUAGAGGGUGUUAAUCAAAUCAAGACCAAUAAGCUAGUUUCUUUGUCUGAGCAAGAGUUGAUAGAUUGUGACACUGAAAAAAAUGAAGGCUGCAAUGGAGGGUUAAUGGAAUAUGCCUUUGAGUUUAUCAAGCAAAAGGGGGGCAUAAACAUAGAAACUAAUUACCCUUACAAAGCGACAGACGGAACUUGUGAUGCUUCCAAGGAAAAUUCUCCAGUGGUGUCAAUUGAUGGGCAUGAGAAUGUGCCUGCUAACGACGAGAACGCAUUGCUUAAAGCAGCUGCAAAUCAACCUGUAUCUGUGGCCAUAGAUGCUGGAGGUUCUGAUUUCCAGUUCUAUUCGGAGGGGGUGUAUACUGGAAAAUGUGGGACAGAGCUGGAUCAUGGAGUUGCUGUUGUGGGAUAUGGAAUAACCCUCGAUGGAACCAAAUACUGGAUAGUGAAGAACUCCUGGGGAGCAGAAUGGGGAGAGAAGGGUUACAUAAGGAUGCAGCGUGGCAUCUCUGAGAAGGAGGGGCUGUGUGGUAUUGCAAUGGAGGCUUCAUAUCCCAUAAAGAACAAGUCAAAUAACCCUCUAGGACCUUCAAUAUCCUAUCCUUCUAAAGACGAACUGUAAACAAUAUUCACAGGGGGCUUUUUGCCUUUGCCUUUUCUCAGUUUCAGCUCUUGUUUCUUGUGUUUGAAGUUGCUGUCAUGGCUUCAUGAACAAAUAAUGUCAAAUAAUUGAUCAAGAGUUCAAGAAUUGUUUGUGUGUGUGUGAAGGCAAAACCAUAUUUGUUUUUUCAAAUUUUACUGCCAGAAUUCCAGAAACACCUGCUUGGAACAUUAUUGGUGUUGUUAUGAUGAGCAAACUGCUACAUUCAUCAAAUAUUUACAGCAUGUCCACAAAAACAAAUCGAUUAUCAAAUAAUACUUUAUUGGUAGUCAUCCAUUGACCCAUUAACACAGAAAAAAAAAAAUUCUCCAAAAGCACGAUUGCAACUUACACA